UCAUAGGUGGACAAUUAACUAUAGUAAACUGUAUACUCGGUCUGUCAGGUUGACAGGAAAGAGUGUGUUUGCUUUUUUAUCAGUAUUAAAGUACAAACGCCUAUUUUAAUUAAUUGAAAAAAAAGAGCACUUUUUAAUCAUACGUGUUAAAAAAGUAUAAUAUUUAUAAAGUAAUUUGUUAUUUUAAAUCAUACCUAGAAAUCAUUUGUGUCUUUUUAGUUGUAAGCGUUAAUCAUAUUUCGUAUUUUUAACCAUCGUCUUCCAUUAUGAACACAUAUAACAGAAACGGACCAGGUAUAUCAGGGAAUACUUUUGAUCGUUGGGUACAGAUGACCAAUAUGCACGACGAUUCUACUAUCACAAAAAUGCAACAUCAGUUUUGGGUUACAAAACAAGCUUUAUCACGAAAGUUAGGUAAAAAGGAAGAUGAGUGUAUAGUAGCGUCCGAUGCAGAAUUGGAUGCCAAAUUAGAACUGUUUCGUAGCAUUCAGGAAUCUUGUUCUUAUUUACAAAGAAUUAUUGACAAAUAUCAGGAACGAUUAUGCAAUCUUGCACAAGAAGAAAAUGCAAUGGGACGGUUCCUUAAAGAUGCUGGUAAACAAGAUAAAACUAGAGCUGGCAAGAUGAUGACAGCAGUUGGAAAAUCUUUAUCAUAUUCUGGUCAACAAAGACUUGCAUUAAGAGCACCAUUAGGACGAUUGUAUCAGGAAGUAGAAACAUUUAGACAAAGAGCUAUUGAAGACACACUGCAAAAGGUCCAAGCAAUGGAAAAAGCUCGUACAGAGUACAGAGCUGCUCUGUCAUGGAUGAAAAAUAUUUCUCAGGAAUUAGAUCCUGAUACAUCAAAACAAUUAGAAAGAUUUCGUAAAGUUCAAACAUGUGUAAGACAAGGUAAAAUAGCCUUUGAUAAUCUGGCUUUAGAUUGCCUUCAAAAGGUAGAUCUAUUAGCAGCAGCAAGAUGUAAUAUGUUUAGCCAUGCUUUAGUUUUAUAUCAGAGUACACUUCUAAAUUUUACUGAAAAAUCUGCACAAGCAUAUUCUACAAUAGCAAGCAGUUUUAAAGGCUAUCAACGAUAUGAUUUUAUGGUAGUGAAAGAACUAGCUGAACCCUCAAGUAAAUUAGCUCAAGAAACUGGAGGUGAUGAUGAUCUCGAUGAUAAAGAGAAGUUAUCAAUUUUUGACAUGGAUUAUCAUGACAGUGUUGAAGAAGCUGAAGAAGUAAAACCAGCCAAACAAAAUACAGUUGAAAUUGAUAAACAAGAUGAAAAAUUAUUGGAUAUUGAUUAUGAGACAAAAGACAUUAAAGGGUUGGAAGGAUUAGACAUGAAUUCCAGUUCCUCGAAUAAUGAAAUUACUUCACAGUCUACUUCUAAUAUAGAAUAUAAGGAGAAUCUCGAUCAACUUUUUGAAAAUUUAAUUCUAGAUAACGCCACUCAUAGUAAUAUGCAAGAAGGAAAUCCAUCUGAACUUGAUAGAAAGUUUGGUGAACAAAGUUUAACAAUGGAUAUAUUUGACAAAUCUGAUACAAAUCUUAAUCUAGCUGAUUUCUCUUCCUUAGAAGAACAAAAUUCAAGAGAGCAAUCUUUACAGUUCCUCGCAUCCGAAAAUAUGGUACUUUUGAAUGAUAUUCUCACUGAUAAACAGAAUGCUGAUAACGAGUGGGAUGCGAUAUCGCAUGAUACAUUUUUGCCACCGAAUAUAUUGAAACAAAGUUUGGGCGAUGCAGCGCUUGGCAUUGGACAGAAAAGCAUGCCGACUAUCAACAUGGGUGAUAAGAAAAAAAAUAAGACUGGCAAAAAAGGUAAUUCCUGGUUGGAUUUAUUUGCUGAACUGGACCCUUUGGCUAACAAUCCCAUGGAAAAUCUUUCUGAUGACAGUAAUGCAUCUGCUUAAUUUUUUUAAAGUAUUUAAAACUAUAUUAUCAUGACAUAUGAUUAGUUGCAGUUUAUAGCAACAGUCAGAAGAGAUAUUUUUAUUUCCUCCAAAUAGGAUAAUGCUACGAGUAUUAUCUAUUUCUUACAUUUGCACUGGUAUUUCAUACUUAUUAGUUGAAUUUUAACAUUCCAGAUAAUGAAAAUAGCAAGAUGAUCGUAAGAAUCAAAAAUAUUUAAAUUUUCAUAAAUAACUUUUCAAGCUCCAUACCAAAGAUUUAAAAUCGAUGAUAGUUUAUAAGAGAUACUAGUCAUAUACUUCUUUUAAGUACAUUAAAAAUAUUUUUUUCGUGAUAAUAAAUAAUUAUCAACCUUUCUAAUCAUAUUUAUAGCAAAAUAUGUUUAAUAUGAAGUAUAUCAUACGGAUACCUGUAUAUAAUUUGUUGACAUUCCAUAAUGUAAAACUUUGCAAUCAAUUACUUUUGACAUUAUCUUUGUAUCAAACAAUUCAUAUUUUAAAAAUGUAUGAUACAAUUAUUACAUUGUUUCUUUUUUUAAUAUACUGAAAUAUUGCAUAUUGUUCUCUUUUUUUAAAUAAAAUAAAUACAACAUAAACAGAUUACAUCGUCAGGGAUAUUGUUUUUGUAUCUUUUCUAUAUAAAUAUAAAAUGCUUAUGCAUCAACGAAAUACAGAAUCACAGUGUUAACACCAAAAUAUAAUUGUAUUUCGCGUAUAAAAGAAAUCUAAAUCAAAAUCUAACUUUCAUCAAUAACACAUCUGGAAUUUAGGCAUCAUAAAAUUGUGCCAUAGCCGUUCUGACCCUGAAAUGAGACAAAUGUAUAUUAAAAGUCAGAAAUAUUUGAGAGAAAAUAUUUUUAUAUUAAUUAUACUAAGAUUUAAUAUCUUAUUGAACUAUUAUAAUUUACAAGGACAGUUAAAGAUCAUUUUCAAACACAAAUAGAAAGGAAGGUUUAAAGAUUGUUUGUCAUACUUAUCAAACAAUUGAAGAUCUUUGCUAUGACGUAAUUGUUGCAAAAUACGAUAAAAGCCCAGUUCUUUUAAACGUGCUUGCCGUUGUGCAGCACCAGGUUCUUCCCUCCAGACUAGG